AUGCAAGCAGAGAAGCACCUCACGGGAACACUGGUCCUCUCCGUCUUCACUGCAGUGUUGGGCUUCUUCCAGUAUGGCUACAGCCUGGGUGUAAUUAACGCCCCCCAGAAGGUGAUAGAAGCCCACUACGGGCGUGUGCUAGGCAUCGCCCCCCUGGACAGACAUGCCACCAACGCCUCCGGGGACACUGAGGGCACGUUCGUGCCACCGACCGACCCCAGUGAGGACCUUGCCUCAUCCCCACACAUCCUCACCAUGUACUGGUCCCUCUCCGUCUCCAUGUUCGCCGUCGGUGGCAUGAUCUCCUCCUUCACCGUGGGAUGGAUCGGCGACCGGCUGGGGAGGGUGAAAGCCAUGCUGGUGGUCAACGUCCUCUCCAUCGCUGGGAACCUCCUCAUGGGGCUGGCCAAAUUCGGGCCAGCACACCUGCUUAUCAUUGCCGGGAGAGCAGUCACGGGGCUGUACUGCGGGCUCUCCUCUGGACUCGUGCCCAUGUACGUCAGCGAGGUCUCUCCCACGGCCCUUCGAGGAGCGCUGGGGACAUUGCACCAGCUUGCUAUCGUCACGGGUAUCCUCAUCAGCCAGGUCCUCGGACUAGACUUUCUCCUGGGCAACGACGAGAUGUGGCCCCUGCUCCUGGGUCUGUCUGGUGUGGCUGCCCUCCUGCAGUUCUUCCUGCUCUUACUGUGCCCUGAGAGUCCACGAUACCUUUACAUCAAACUGGGGAAGGUGGAAGAAGCUAAAAAAAGUUUGAAAAGGCUCAGAGGAAACUGUGACCCAAUGAAAGAGAUUGCUGAGAUGGAAAAGGAAAAGCAAGAAGCUGCUAGUGAAAAGAAAGUCUCCAUCAGACAACUUUUCACCUCUUCAAAGUACAGGCAGGCUGUCAUCGUGGCGCUGAUGGUGCACAUGUCUCAGCAGUUCUCAGGAAUCAAUGCGAUCUUUUACUACUCAACAAGCAUUUUCGAGAGAGCUGGAGUUGACCAACCCAUUUACGCAACCAUUGGCGUUGGAGUGGUGAACACAGUCUUCACUGUUAUCUCCGUGUUUCUGGUGGAGAAGGCGGGCAGGCGGUCCCUGUACAUGGCAGGUGUGAUGGGCAUGUUAAUAAGCGCUGUGGCCAUGACAGUUGGACUUGUGCUUCUGAGCCAGUUUGCCUGGAUGAGCUAUGUCAGCAUGGGCGCGAUCUUCCUCUUCGUCAUCUUCUUUGAAGUCGGGCCCGGGCCCAUUCCCUGGUUUAUCGUGGCCGAACUGUUCAGCCAAGGCCCACGCCCUGCCGCCAUCGCCGUCGCCGGCUUCUGCAACUGGGCCUCCAACUUCAUCGUGGGAAUGUGUUUCCAGUACAUAGCGGAUCUGUGUGGAUCAUACGUGUUUGUGAUCUUCGCGGCUCUGCUUCUCAUCUUCUUUCUGUUUGCGUACUUCAAAGUACCAGAGACAAAAGGAAAGUCCUUUGAGGAGAUCGCAGCUGCGUUCCGCCGCAAGAAACUCCCAGCCAAAGCCAUGACUGAGCUGGAAGACCUGCGAGGAAGCGCGGAGGCAUAG